AUGGAAGAGGCCCCUCUGCUCGGCGGGAUGUCCGGCCCGGACGACGACCUGGUGACGGAGCUCUUCAGCCCGGAGAGUCCGUUUCUUUCUGAAAACGUGGCCCCAAAGGCCCCCGCGGGGGCGCAGUACGAGGACGCCGAGUUCCCCGGCUUCCAGGACGCCUACCUGGGCGCCGCCGAGCCCACGGAGCCCCUGCUGCGCGCGUUCAGCCCCGGGCUGGGCGCCGACGGCAAGAGCGAGGCCAAGGCGGAGCUCCUGGCGGACGCGGACGACCAGGGCCACCCGGCGCUCCCCGAGCCCGCGGGCCCGCAGCCGCCCGCCUUCUGCCUGCACUUGCUGUCCUCGCUGCUGACCCCCUACCGCGGCCCCAACGUCGUGCCCCUGGGCACCUGGGCCAGGGACGGGGCCGCCCAGGCCGGAGUCCAGGUGAUUCCAGUUGAAAUAAAGGAAGGAGGUGGUACUAUCCCAAGUAACAAUCCAGAGGAAGCAACUGUUCAGAACCGUCUUGCUCAGGAAUCCUGCUGCAAGUUCCCAUCUUCCCAAGAGCCAGAGGACACCUCUGCUUGUUCUAAGAAAGACUCAAGCCCAAUGGUGAUAUGUCAGUUGAAAGGGGGUACACAAAUGCUGUGUAUAGACAAUUCUGGCACGAGAGAACUAAAAGCACUUCAUUUGGUUCCUCAGUAUCAAGACCAAAAUAAUUAUCUACAGUCAGAUGUCCCUAAACCAAUGACUACUUUAGUAGGAAGAUUUUUGCCAGUACCAGCAAAAUUAAAUCUCAUUACACAACUUGAUAAUGGAGCCUUACUAUCAGCAGUCAAUGGGUCUGCUUUCUCCUUGGGAUCAACUAUGCCAGGACCACCAAAACUAACAUUGGCUGGGUACUGCGACUGUUUUGCCAGCGGGGACUUCUGCAACAACUGCAACUGUAAUAACUGUUGCAACAAUCUACGUCAUGAGAUCGAACGGUUGAGAGCCAUUAAGGCAUGUCUUGAUAGAAAUCCAGAAGCUUUCCAGCCAAAAAUCGGGAAAGGAAAAUUGGGAGACGUUAAGCCUCGACACAGCAAAGGGUGUAACUGUAAGAGAUCAAGCUGCCUUAAGAACUACUGCGAAUGCUUUGAGGCCAAAAUUAUGUGUUCUUCUAUUUGCAAAUGCAUUGGUUGCAAAAAUUAUGAAGAAAGCCCAGAACGAAAAACACUAAUGAGCAUGCCAAACUAUAUGGAAAUUGGAGAUUUUGAAGGUAGCCAUCGAUUGUCACCAACUAAAUUUUCAGGACUAUCAAGACUCAGAAGAGAUAGGCGACCUACCUCAUGCAUCUCCUGGGAGGUGGUGGAGGCCACGUGCGCCUGCCUGCUGGCCCAAGGUGAAGAGGCCGAGAGGGAGAGCUGCUCUAAGGGCCUGGCCGAGCAGAUGAUCCUGGAGGAAUUCGGAAGAUGCCUGUCGCAGAUUCUCCACAUUGAGUUUAAAUCCAAGGGGUUGAAAAUGGAGUAG